UCAUGAUAAAGUUUACAAAAAUUCACAAUUUGGGUCCAUACAGCACAGCAGUUUAUUUGGUAUAUUACAUUACAGAUGAGAAGAAUAUGUUAUUUUCUUUACUUUUUCUUACCAUUUGACUAAAUUUACUAUAGUUUCCAUGGUGUUUCAAAAAAAAAAAUCGACGUUUGUUUACUAUGACAAUUUGAAUUUGGCGCUGCACUGGAUAAUACUCUUGUUUCCGGUUUAAUAAUGCGCCGGGCGAUAAAAUCGGGAACCAAAAUAUAAUAAAAAUCAAGCCGCGCCGAAGGGACGUUACUCUGAGCGAACGUUGCGGAUAAUAUGGCGGAUGUCACUCCUUUUGUUUUUUUUAGUAUACCCGAGUUUGUGAGUAAUUUUUAAAAGUUGAGAUUAUGGAAAAUUUGGAUUAUAUUCGUAAAGACCGUAAGCUUUGGCAAUAUAUAAAGGCCGGAUAAGGCAGAAAAAUCUGCGUUCCCGACCUCGAGGUUUCGUACAAGAUUUAAGUGUAGGAACCAUUCGAUACAUAUUUUUCUUAAAGUUGUUUGACUUUGUGAAGUAGUACACUAAGUGACGCUAAGAUUUACCUUAAAAGGACUGGGAUUACUUUGUCAAAGAAGAACAAAACAGUUCAACAGUCAUCUUUUAUGAUUCAAUUCCGUUUUUUGAUGCAUCAAAACUACUUAUACAAAGAAAUGCAGGGAGAAAUACCUUCCUUAAAAUGAGGAAGAAAACACUUGACUUCACGCAAUGAUAUUUUCUUUAUCAGACACAACAUUUCAUUACUGUGAAGAAAGUGAAUGUAUAAAAAACAACCAUAUUCACUACAAGAAGGACUUAGUUUUUUCAGGUUGAAUGAUUCAUUUUGACACCGAUUUGUCUGGAGAUCAGACCAAGGUAGUGAGUGCUCUUGUGAUAAAGGCGUUAAGAUAAUAUUCGAAAAUAACACUUUUACAAGGAAAUAAGACCUGCUGAGGAGACGGGCUUAAAAUGAAAAUACAACGAACAAUCUUUUGAUACUGGUGCUGGUUGAAGUUAAUGAAAUCAUGUCAGCUCAUAUGCAGAAAACGAACACGUGCAAAGAAGUGGAAUUACAUAACCUUAAAUCUCUAGAUUGCAGCCAUCAGAACCUCACAUAUAUCCCAAAGACUAAAAGUAAUAUCCAAAAUUUGGUAUUCAGUUAUAACAAUCUAAUCAACAUAACAUCAGAAUCAUUUGGAAAUAUCAGCAACCCUGGUAAUCUAGUUUACCUUAAACUUGACCAUAAUGAUAUUCAAAACAUUUCUGCGAACGCACUUAAUGCAUUCCCAAAUUUGAGAUUCUUAUACUUAUCUUACAACCCAUUACACUAUGACGAAUUAAAACAUCUCCUGGAUGUUUUGUCUAACUUUAGAUAUCUUUCUCACUUAAGUAUAAGUGGAAUUAGAUCCAUAACCAUUCAGAAUGAUUUGUUUUCUUUGAUGAAAGAAAAUAGAAUAGUUACUCUGGAAGUUACAUUUUACGACAUGGAAAAGGUUUCAAUCGACAUAUUUAAAAAUUUCAACAAUUUGAAAACACUGUUUUUAAGAAACAAUCAUAUAGAAGAAAUAAUCCUGUCUAAAAAUUACCAUUUGCAUAAUUUAUACCUUGAUCACAAUACCCUUAAGUUUUUCCCUGACUUUUCCGUUAACGGUGACGAAUCCGAUUGCUAUAUUCAAAACCUUGAGUUAUUGACUAUUUCCAAAAAUGAAAUACAGAAAAUUGAACCAGAAAAUUUCAAAUGUUUAUCUAAAUUGAAAACUCUUGAACUUGGUCAAAAUCCUCUUCAAAUAUUACAAAACAAUAUCCUGUCAAAAUUGCCAAAUAAUACACAUUUGAUUAUUAUCAAUUUAAAAGACAAUGCAAUAGGACAUAUUUCCGAGUCAGCCCUGCCAAUUUCACUAUUAAACAAAUUACUUACAAUCGAUCUUAGUCAGAAUCCUUUUGUAUGUGACUGCGACCUUGAAUGGUUUAUCAACUGGAUGAAAACAAUCAAAAAUGAGACUGUGAUUCCAGGUUAUCCAUAUAAUUAUUCAUGCUCACUUCCGCCUGAAAAGUCUAAAUUAAGACUGUCGGAUAUAACUUUUACGUACAAAGAAUGCCACCCGUGGAGUCCAUGGAUCUGGUUUGCUGUGAUCUGCUCGCCUUGUGUCAUUGCUAUUGCUAUUGUCGUGGUCGUAGUUUACAGAAACAGAUGGAAUUUCAAACAUUAUAUUUAUUUGGUUAGGAAAAAAAGGAACUAUCAAGUUAUUAAAGGGCAUAACUUAGUGUAUGAUGCCUUUGUUGAAUACGAGACAACAGAUUCGGCAUGGGUGCGUCGCAGACUGCUGCCUAUCCUUGAAGAUGAAGCGGGAUUAAAAUUAUGCAUUCACGAAAGAGACUUUGUUCCUGGCGUUUUUAUAAACGACAACAUUGUCACCAAUAUGGACAUGAGUGCAAAAAUCAUUCUUGUCAUAACCAAUGCUUUUGCCCGUAGCGGAUGGUGCACGUUUGAAUUGAAAGUGGCACAUUCAAAACUAAUGGAAGAUGAAACAGAGCUUGUGUUCAUUCUUUUGUAGAAAAUAGACGGAAAAAAUAUGAACCAUUCUCUGAAAUUGUUAUUUGAUACGACAACAUACAUUGAAUGGACAGAGGAUAUUGUAGGCCAUGAAUUGUUCUGUGAAAAACUGAAAAAUGUUCUGAAGAAAUGAAUGCAUGCUAGAAUAUACACUGAAUAUUCCGGUGCAAAGAUUAUCGAUCGUUAUAUGUUGAGGUUAUAAUAGUUAUAUUUAAUAUUAAUUGAAUGUGCCGUUGAGUGUGUAUAUAAGUUUGAUCUUAAAAGCUAGCUAAAGAUUAUAUGCCGCCUGUAAUGAAUAUCUAGUACCUCUCCAAGGAAAUUUUAUAUAAAAUAAGCUCUUUCA